AUGCCCGGAGAACUGAAUUCCCCUCAGGAAAGCGAGGUUGAUGUCUUGAUUGUUGGAGCUGGCCCAGCCGGGUAUAUGGCAGCACUGUGGCUUGCUCGGCUCGGGGUAAACACAAGAAUCAUCGACAAACGAUCUGCUAGGAUAUUCACGGGGCAGGCAGACGGGCUGCAGCCUCGCGUCCUAGAGGUCUUCGAAACAUUCGGCUUCGCCGAUCGGGCAAUGAAAGAGGUGGCGGUUGGCUUUGAGGCGUGCUACUACGAUCCCGAUGAGAAUGGGCGUAUCCACCGUGUGAAAACCGCUGCCGAGGGCAUUCCUGGUAUAUCCAGAUUCAACGGAUCAGUCGUCCAUCAGGGUCGGAUCGAGGCCUGGCUGACGGAUGCCAUUACCGAGUUCUCUGACGGGAGGAUCAAGGUCGAGCGGCCGCUACAGCCUGAGUCCCUCGAGAUCAACGGCAGCGGGGGGGAUUACCCAGUGCGAGUUGUAUUAAAGAGGCUCCGCGAUGAAUUGGCGAUGCCAGAGCAGUUCGGGCAUACUGUUCAGAACGGCCUGUACCGCCAGUUCGAGGGCGACCAGGAAACGACACCUGCACUGCUUCCAGGUGAAGGGCUGGAGGUGGUGCGGGCGAAAUACGUGCUGGGCUGCGAUGGAGCACACUCCUGGGUGCGCAAGCAACUGGGCAUCGAGCACGAGGGCGAAACCACCGAUUUCGUCUGGGGCGUGCUGGAUAUGGUUCCCAUCACUGACUUCCCGGACAUCCGCAAGCGCUGCUCCAUCCACUCGCAGAACAGCGGCAGCAUCAUGAUCAUCCCGCGCGAGAACCAGCUGGUUCGCCUCUACAUUCAGCUGCGAGAGCAGGCUCACCAUGAGGAGCCGGAGCUGGCCAGCGCGUCUCCGGAUCGCAGCAAGAAGACAUCCAGUCGCGUUGACCGCAGCAAGGUCACGGCCGAGCAGAUCUUGGACUCGGCCAGGACGAUCCUGCAUCCUUAUACCUUGGACGCGGCCGAGAUCCAGUGGUUUACUGCAUACCAGGUUGGGCAGCGCGUUGCCUCAGCCUUUGAAAAGGACGAGCAUGUAUUCAUUGCAGGAGACGCAUGCCAUACUCACUCGCCCAAGGCCGGGCAGGGCAUGAAUGUGUCCAUGAUGGAUACCUUCAAUCUCGCAUGGAAGAUCGCCUAUGUGGUCAAGGGCUUUGCCCAGCCGAGCAUCUUGUCCACGUACGAACUUGAGCGCCGGACAGUAGCGCAGGACCUGAUCGCCUACGAUCAGAAGCUGUCCCGCCUCUUUUCAUCCAAACCAGGCGAAAUCUCGACACAGGACUUUCGUCGCGUGAUUGAGAAAGGAACAGCCUUUACGACAGGCUGCACGGUGAACUACGAUCGGUCGAUUCUCGUGGAUAAGCCCGCCGGCCAGUCUAGAAGCACGCCCCAUUACAGCCCCCUGGCGACCAAGUUGGCUGUCGGGAUGCGGAUUCCGGACGUCAAGAUUGUGAUGCAGUGCGACGGGAGGCCAUGGUUCUUCAACCAGCGUCUACUGUCCACCGGGCAAUUCCGCGUCCUUGUCUUCAUCGGCGAUUACGCUGCGAGGGCCAACCUGAAGCAGCAAAUGCACGAGGUUGGCGAGUACCUUGCACGGGCAGACGGCUUUGCCAAGGCCCUGGGGCCGCGCUGGGAAUCCAUGCUGGAGCUGCUUCUUAUUCAUGCAAGUCCGCAGGCGAACGUAGAAUGGGAUGACUUCCCCUCUGUCUUCCGCGUGCGCGAUGAUCGGGGUGUGAUGGAUUACUGGAAGAUUCUCGCGGACACGCCCUGCUUCCAUGACGAGACUGGGCAGGCCCACGAGAGAUAUGGAAUUGACAAAGAGGUCGGCGCUGUUGUUGUGCUGCGGCCGGAUGGGUACGUUGCAAAGGUCGUGGAGCCCACUGUGGCAGGCGUUCGGGAGGUGGGUGAGUGGUUCGCCCAUUUCCUGCUGCCCUCGACGCCUCUAGUCAUGGCCUCUAUUUAA